AUGGCGAGGGCGCGCGGUGGCGCCGCGUGGGUGCUGGCGGCGGCGUGGGUGCUGCUGUGGGCGGCGGCCGCGGCGGUGGCGGCGGAGGCCAGGUCGCCGGCGGGGAGGAGGGUGCACCGGCACCUCAAGCGCCUUAACAAGCCGGCCGUCAAGAGCAUCGAGAGCCCAGAUGGAGACAUCAUCGACUGCGUGCAUAUCUCCCACCAGCCAGCCUUUGAUCAUCCUCUCCUCAAGAACCACACAAUACAGUUUAGGCCAGCGUACCACCCUGAAGGUCUAUACGAUGAUGCCAAGAGUAGCAUAGGUUCAAACAAUGCCGGUGAGAAGCCGAUGCUCCAGAUGUGGCAUCGAAAUGGCAGGUGUCCGGAGGGCACGGUCCCAAUCAGGAGAACCAAGAAGGAUGACCUGCUUCGAGCCAGCUCCCUGAGGCGGUAUGGCAGGAAGCGGCACACUGCUCCGAACCCGCUGUCUGUUGAUCCUAACAUGCUCAGUGAGGGUGGUCACCAACACGCCAUAGCGUACGUCGAGGGUGAUAAGUACUAUGGCGCAAAGGCUACCAUUAAUGUGUGGGAGCCCAAGAUUCAGCAGGUUAACGAAUUUAGCCUGUCCCAGCUCUGGAUCUUGGGGGGUUCAUUUGGGGAGGAUCUCAACAGCAUAGAGGCUGGCUGGCAGGUUAGCCCUGACCUCUAUGGAGACAACAACACUAGAUUGUUCACAUACUGGACUAGUGAUGCAUACCAGGCCACAGGGUGCUACAACAUGCUGUGCUCUGGUUUCAUUCAGAUAAACAGCGAGAUUGCCAUGGGGGCUAGCAUUUUCCCCAUCUCGAACUACGCAGGCUCCCAAUACGAUAUCAGCAUCCUGAUCUGGAAGGACCCCAAGGAAGGCAACUGGUGGAUGCAGUUUGGCAAGGAAUAUGUCCUCGGCUACUGGCCAUCCUUCGUCUUCUCCUACCUCGUCGACAGUGCAUCGAUGAUCGAAUGGGGCGGGGAGGUGGUGAACAUGGAGCCCAACGGCGCGCACACGUCGACGCAGAUGGGUAGCGGGCACUUCCCAGAGGAAGGGUUCGGCAAGGCGAGCUACUUCAAGAACAUUCAGGUGGUGGACAGCAGCAACCAGCUCAGCGCCCCCAAGGGCGUGGGCACUUUCACCGAGCAGUCCAACUGCUACGACGUGCAGAACGGCAACAACGGCGACUGGGGCACUUACUUCUACUACGGCGGCCCCGGCAAGAACUCGAAUUGCCCAUGA